AUGGCUGACACAUGCAGGUUGGUGGAGGAGCUGGUAGACAAGCUUCUUAGUACCUGCCAAAGACUUUUUGGGAAUAACUUCAAGCCGCAGCUGCAGCCAGCCAUUGGGGUGGGCUGUGUCUGUGAAGGGUGGAGUGCCUGGGAUGACAAUGUCCUCCACUGCCUAUUCAUGCUGCAGCCUCCCCCCAGGCAUGCCUUCUGCUUGGAGCCAAGCACCACAAAGGAGAUGCUGACCAGUGAUUCCUGCCUCCAUGUGCAGCUACAGUGCAUGUGCAUGAGGGAGCAGUUGGUGGACAUGCUGUGAUUCCUCCACCACGGCAAGGAUAAGCUGAAAAAUCAAGGCCCCAGCCUCCUCAGCACCCUUUGCACCAACUCAGACAUCAAGAAAACCACCUGCUAAUUCCAGAUGUUGGUGAAAGAUGCCUGGAAGCUUAUGCUUCAGUCACACUGCUGCCAGCUGACAGUGCUGUCUACUACAUGCUUCUGCAAGCUCAGGUUAAUGAAUGGACAGUAAACCCUGUCCAUUCAGAUGAUUUUUGGGGUGCUGCUAGGUGACUCAGACUCUUUCCUGGGCCUUUGGUAG